AUGCUUCCAGCAUCAACCAUCGAGGCUGCGGGUGAGAAGACGAUGAUGAGAGAUAGUCUUGACUCCGAGGUUGACUCUCUGCCCACGCGUAGCUACGAGCGCCAUGAAGAGACCACUUCCGACUCGCAGGGUGUGAUAUCCAUACGAUCUGGCGUCGACGUUGAAAAAGCUGAAGAGGACUUCUUGGAGUUAAACAAACAACUCUCUAACAUCUCCCAUCGUGCCCGGCGGUUGUCCAAACAAGCAUCGCGAGCCUUGAAGCCGACUCCCACUGCCGAGGAUGUAGAAAAGGCUCAAAGUUUUGCCGAGUCGAAUGAGAGUUGGGAUCUGGAGACUGCCCUGCGUGGAAAUAGAGCCGCAGAGGAAGAGGCUGGAAUUAAGGAUAAACACAUCGGCGUUAUCUGGAGCAACCUCACGGUCCGUGGAAUGGGCGGUAUGAAGACUAUCAUCAAGACAUUUCCAGACGCCAUAAUCGACUUCUUCAACGUCCCGGAAACGCUCAUGAACAUUUUUGGUUAUGGAAAGAAGGGAACCGAAUUCAAGAUCCUCGAAGGGUUUCGAGGUCUCACACGACCGGGUGAAAUGGUGCUGGUUCUGGGCAGACCAGGAUCCGGAUGCACUUCCUUCCUCAAAGUGAUCGCAAACCAGCGCUUCGGCUUUACCGGUGUUGAUGGAGAAGUCAUGUACGGUCCAUUUGAAUCCGAGACGUUUGCCAAAAGGUUCCGUGGCGAGGCCGUAUACAACCAGGAAGAUGACAUCCAUCAGGCGACUCUGACCGUGGAACAGACUCUGGGGUUUGCACUAGACACCAAGACUCCUGGAAAGCGCCCAUUCGGCGUAUCCAAGGCCGAAUUCAAGGAAAAAGUUGUGAAAAUGUUACUUCGGAUGUUCAACAUCGAGCACACUGCAAAUACCGUCAUCGGCAACCAGUUCAUUCGUGGUGUUAGUGGUGGAGAGAGAAGGCGAGUCAGUAUCGCCGAGAUGAUGAUUACCUCUGGGACCGUGUUGGCCUGGGACAACAGCACUCGCGGUCUCGAUGCCUCAACCGCCCUCGACUUUGCCAAGUCGCUGCGGAUUUUGACCAACAUUUACAAGACCACGACUUUCGUGUCUCUCUACCAGGCCUCCGAGAAUAUCUACAAACAAUUUGACAAGGUGCUUGUGAUAGACAACGGUCGACAAGUCUUCUUCGGACCCACGACUGAAGCACGAGCCUACUUUGAAGGCCUUGGGUUCCGACAGAAACCUCGUCAAACUACACCAGACUACCUCACAGGAUGCACGGAUCCAUUUGAGAGGGAAUUCAAGGACGGUCGAAAUGCGGAGAAUGUGCCGUCUACACCAGGAGCACUCGUGGAGGCUUUCGAAAACUCAGUCCACAGCAAGAGACUGGACGAAGAAAUGCAGGCAUACCGAGCUCAGGUCCAACAGCAAAAGCAAAUCUACGAUGACUUCGAAAUUGCAAAUCAAGAGGCAAAGCGAAAGUUUACACCCAAAACUUCGGUGUACUCUAUCCCCUUUCACCUACAGAUCUGGGCCUUGAUGCAACGCCAGUUCCUGAUCAAGUGGCAAGACAAGUUUGCCCUCACGGUGUCAUGGAUUACUUCAACUGGCAUCGCUAUUAUCCUGGGUACCGUCUGGCUCAAGCAGCCAAAGACCAGCGCUGGUGCUUUCACAAGAGGCGGUCUUUUGUUCAUUAGCAUGCUGUUCAAUGGAUUCCAGGCAUUUUCCGAGCUUGCUUCGACCAUGCUGGGUCGGGCAAUUGUCAAUAAACACCGAUCCUUUACAUUCUACCGACCGAGUGCCCUCUUCAUCGCCCAAAUUCUUGUGGACACAUCUUUUGCGAUCGCACGAAUCCUCGUUUUCAGCAUCAUCGUCUAUUUCAUGUGCGGUCUGGCUCUGGACGCGGGUGCUUUCUUCACCUUCGUCUUGAUCAUUCUCACGGGCUACGUGUGUAUGACCGUGUUCUUCCGCACGAUCGGAUGUCUCAGUCCUGAUUUUGACUACGCGAUGAAAUUUGCUGCUGUGAUGAUUACUCUUUUCGUCUUGACUUCGGGAUACCUCAUACAAUGGAAGGGCGCGCAGGUUUGGUUGAGGUGGAUCUACUACAUCAAUCCGUUCGGUCUUGGUUUCGCGUCCUUGAUGGUUAACGAGUUCAGUCGGCUCACAAUGACAUGCAUUCAAAGCUCGCUGGUGCCAAAUGGGCCCGGCUAUGACGAUAUUGCUCAUCAAGCUUGUACGUUGGCUGGCGGGAACGCGGGCUCAGACAUCAUCCCAGGCUCCAGCUAUCUAGCAACCACCUUCAGCUAUUAUCAUGGCGACCUCUGGCGCAACUUUGGGAUCAUGUUGGCCCUGAUCAUUGGCUUCCUCGGUACUAACCUCUACUUUGGCGAGACAAUUCAGUUUGGAGCUGGCGGUAAAACAAUCACCUUCUACCAGAAGGAGAAUAAGGAGCGCAAAGAGCUGAAUCGAAUUUUGGAGAUAAAGAAGGCCAAUCGCCAGUCAAAGACCGUGGAUGGAGGUGCCAAUCUCAAAAUUAGCUCGACUUCUGUUUUCACCUGGGAAGAUGUUUCCUACGAGGUGCCGGUCGCCUCGGGUACAAGAAAGCUGUUGAAUUCAGUCUACGGCUAUGUUCAGCCCGGUAAACUGACAGCCUUAAUGGGGGCCUCUGGUGCGGGUAAAACAACUUUGUUGGACGUUUUGGCAGCGAGAAAGAAUAUCGGUGUGAUCAAGGGUGACAUUCUCGUCGAUGGGAAGCCGCCUAGGAAUUCAUUCCAGCGUGGGACAUCUUACGCUGAGCAGCAGGAUACUCACGAGGCCAUGCAAACUGUUCGCGAGGCACUGCGCUUUUCUGCAGAUCUCCGCCAACCAUUUGAGACACCACGAUCGGAAAAGUACGCCUACGUUGAAGAAAUCAUCAGCCUUCUCGAACUCGAAAACCUUGCCGACGCGAUCAUUGGAACGCCGGAGACCGGUCUUUCGGUUGAAGAGAGAAAGAGGGUCACGAUUGGCGUGGAGUUGGCAGCGAAGCCUGAGCUUCUACUUUUCUUGGACGAGCCCACCUCUGGACUGGACAGUCAGUCGGCCUUUAAUAUUGUUCGGUUCUUGAAGAAACUUGCAGCAGCAGGGCAGGCCAUCCUUUGCACGAUUCAUCAGCCUAACUCCGCCCUUUUCACGUCAUUCGACCGACUUCUGCUUCUCCAGAGAGGUGGUGAAUGCAUCUAUUUUGGUGACAUCGGACCGGACUCACGUAUCUUGCUGGAUUACUUCCGCCGCAACGGUGCCGACUGCCCGCCAGAUGCGAACCCGGCUGAGUGGAUGUUGGAUGCUAUUGGCGCUGGCCAGACACGCCGAAUUGGCGAUAGAGACUGGGGUGACAUCUGGCGUACAUCACCCGAGCAAGAGAUGCUGAAGGAAGAAAUCAUUCAGAUCAAAGAAGAUCGUGUCCAGGCUGUUCGUCGAAGCUCGGAUCCAAAUCUGCAAAAGGUCGAGAAGGAGUAUGCCUCGCCCCUUUGGCACCAAAUCAAGGUAGUUGGCCGACGAACUCACUUGGCCUUCUGGCGGUCUCGCAACUACGGAUUCACUCGGCUUUUCACGCACGUCGUGAUCGCUCUUAUCACCGGCUUAGCAUUCUUGCAACUCGAUGACUCUCGCUCUUCGCUGCAGUACCGUAUCUUUGUCAUAUUCAACGUGACCGUGCUGCCAGCUAUCAUCCUGCAACAAGUUGAGCCCCGAUACGAUCUUUCGAGAUUGAUCUUCUACCGAGAAUCCGCUUCGAAAACAUACAGUCAAUUUGCCUUCGCCAUUUCUAUGGUCUCUGCAGAACUACCAUACAGCAUUCUGUGUGCCGUUUGUUUCUUCCUACCGCUCUACUACAUCCCCGGAUUCCAAACCGAGUCCAGCAGAGCCGGAUACCAGUUCUUCAUGGUUCUUAUCACCGAGAUAUUUGCCGUCACCCUUGGCCAAAUGAUCUCGGCUCUGACUCCGAACAGCUUCAUCGCAUCGCAGCUCAACCCGCCGAUCGUGAUUAUUUUCUCGCUAUUCUGCGGUGUCGCAAUCCCGAAACCACAAAUGCCGAAGUUCUGGCGAGCCUGGCUCUAUCAGCUGGAUCCGUUUAACCGGCUCAUUGGUGGCAUGGUCGUUACGGAGCUUCAUGGUCGAAAGGUGAUAUGUUCCAGUGCUGAAUUCAAUCGCUUCCAGGCGCCCGCAAACGAGACAUGUGGUGAAUACAUGCAGGAAUUCUUUGAUCGUGGUGGCGCAGGGUAUAUUUUGAACAAUGCGACCCAGGCAUGCGAGUACUGUGCCUACAAGGUCGGUGAUCAGUUUUACUCGACGUUCAGCAUGCACUUUGACAACCGCUGGCGAGACCUGGGUAUCUUCAUCGCGUAUGUUGGGUCGAAUUUGAUCAUUCUCUUCCUGGCAUCGCGAUUCCUCAAUUUCAACCGAAGGUAG